AUGGGGGCAGCCACACACCAGAUUAGUCUGGAAAGAUUGUCUGAAGAGCAUUGUUGGUUAAUUUUUAGCCAAUUGGCAUUCAUGGAAAGAACAACAGAGGAGUGCGCAGAAUUAGAAAAUAUUGGUAGGCAAAUUGCAAGAAAAUCAAGUGGCUUGCCCCUUGUUGCUAAAACUUUAGGGAGUCUCAUGCGCUUUAGAAAGACCAUAAGUCAAUGGGAGGACAUUUUGUGCAGUGAACUGUGGGAGUCGAAAGAUGUUAAAGUUAGGGAAAUUUUUGCUCCAUUUCUGCUUAGUUAUUACGAUCUAACUCCUCUCCAAAAACGUUGUUUUUUAUAUUGUUCGGUAUUUCCUAAAGAUUAUAAUAUUGGAAGAGAUGACUUGAUCGAGAUGUGGAUGUCACAAGGUUAUUUAAGUCAAACAAUAAAUUCCAAGAAAGAAGGUCGAGAUUGUUUUGAAAGUUUAGCUAUGCGGUCAUUUUUUCAAGAUUUCAAAGAGGAUGAAUUCUAUGGAUCCAUUAAAUGCAACAUGCAUGACAUAGUUCAUGACUUUGCUCAAUUUUUUAUGGGUAGUGAAUACGUUCUGAUAGAAGUUGAUGGUAUUGAAGAGAAUAAAAAGGAAGUAGAUGAAAGCACUCGUCACUUGACCUUAGUGGUUGGAUCUGAAGACCGUUUUCUUACCCUAAGGCACAAUGCAAAGAAUUUGCGCACAAUUUACAUUUACUCAAACACCGACAAACUACAUGUUGAUAGAAUGUUGUUGUUUUCUCAUCUGACACGUCUUCGGACGUUAAAUUUGUAUCGCUGCUACAUUGAAAGUUUACCAGAGGAUAUUGGUUUAUUGAAACAUUUAAGAUAUCUGGACUUGUCUGGCAACACUAAUUUGAAGGAAUUGCCUGGCACAUUGUUUAAUCUUUAUAAUCUUCAGACUCUAAGAUUGGGUAAUUGCAGUUCACUUCCAAGACUACCAGAGAAGAUUGCAAAAUUGGUCAACUUAAAAAAUCUAUAUAUCUAUGGGUGUCGCUUCGAGGGCCUGCCAAAAGGGAUAGCAAAAUUGACUGGUCUCCUAACUCUAGAUAUGUGGGUGGUGCCCAAGGAGAGAAAAACAUAUCUUGAUGUCGGAGAUCUGAAAAUGCUGAAAUACCUUCAAUUUCAAAGCUUUCUCUGCAUUAAAAGGUGCGCAAGCAUGGGGAAUCUUGAUGAGUCUGAGAAGAUAAAUCUCAGCAGUUGGCAACAUCUUCUUGACUUGACACUGCGUUUUAGAGAAACUGGUGAGCUGUAUGAAAUUGGAGAAAUUCUUGAUGCUGAUACUGAAAUUCUGGAAUCCUUGCAACCACAUCCUAACUUAAAAGCAUUAGACAUCUCGGACUACCUAGGUGCAACUGUGUCCCCCACUUGGAUGAUGUCGCUAACUAAUUUGACAAGUCUCGAACUAAACUUUUGUACAAAAUGUGAGAUUUUACCCCCACUAGGAAAACUGCCUUCUCUUGUUUCGUUGGUUAUUUGUUGCUUGGAUAGCUUGAAGAAGGUGGGUCCAGAAUUCCUUGGAAUUACAGAAAGAGACGAAGAAGACCACGGUACAGCUAGAAGGGAUCAGGAUACUCCAUCCGAACCAUCCAUUAUUUCUUUUCCGAGAUUGAAAAAGCUUACGUUUGAUUGGAUCGAGGAGUGGAAAGUGUGGGAAGGAUACAGGAUGACAACAACGACACCGACAAAAAUUAUGCCAUGUCUUCACUCCUUGAAGAUUACCAAGUGUCACAACCUAGAAACGCUCCCGGAUUUCCUGCAAAUGACUCCACUGCAAAAUUUAUCUGUCAAAAAGUCUAAAAUUUUACAACGAAAUGUCCAAAAAGGUACCGGAAAGGAAUGGUACAAGAUUUCUCAUGUCCUAAACAUCCAAAUCAAUAAAAAGUACGUGCAGAAAAAUGGUGUUUGGAUUCAGAAAGACGAAAGUGACGAUGGAGAAACAUCAUCAAGCGAAUGA